AUGGAGUGUCGAGACUUUGUUUCCCGCGAACCUUAUCGCUCCGAAAAGGAAUUGCUGAAGUCUAUCAAAAAGAAACAAAAAUAUUCACUGGAAAACAAUCUUUCCAACUGCAAAGCGCUUUUGCGUCGGCAGGUCGGAAGAAAUGGCGAUAAUUUAUAUGAUUUGCUGACACGUUUAGUCUCUAAUUUACUCGAUACAACACCACCUGACGCAGUUGAUCAUUUUGAAGAGUAUUGCCGAUUAUCCAAAAUCGAUUUCCUUUCUCCGGACCGCCGAUUCUUGCAUUCUUUCGAGCAGCACAAAAAGAACGAUUGUACAGUGCAGAAGCAAGCACUAUUGGCUAAAAAAACUCUGACCGCUUUAGCGGCGGUUGAAAACGAAAAUGUUUGCUAUCAUUCGAAGCUUCGUCUCUUCGUUCAAAAUGGUUUAAAUACGAUGGGCUUGGAUCUCCCGCGCGGAUAUGAUUACUUUAUCAGCGCACAAAUUGCGCAAACCCUUCGCAAUAAUCCAAAUGCUACGUCGUGUGAGUUCUGGGGCAUUGUGAGAACGAUGACUAGUGCUUAUUACGUACUGGAGGCGAAUCUUCGCGACAAAAGUGUUGAAUAUUGCCAGUAUCAGGGUGUGAUAGGAAAGCAUCCGGAAAUUAUAACCGACAUCAUUGACACGGUACUCGAAAAGACUCUACAUCAAACAAGGUCGCUAAGCAUUUUGCCAAAGCUGACGGCUGAGUCAUUGGAAAAUUUGGCACAAACGAUGGUGAAUGAACUACUCGCAAAACUGCAGCUGGUGGAUAAAGAAAUUGAAGAGCAAUACUGUCGUCUCGACAUUGCUUCCCUGCUUACCGUGUUGAUUGAGCGUUUGCCAUGUAUUUCCUCCGCAGGCUCAUCGGAAGAGUCUUUCUCCGCGAUGCUAACCGAUCCUUGCGCCUCUUCACGCUCGUCCGUACAGUCUACUGCAUCAAUGCUGCGCAUUCGACUCGAACGCAUACAGCUUGAAACACGACUAAACAGUCGAAAGUAUUGGGUGUGUGAAAAUCCACGCACCAAACCGUGGCAAGAACUACCAGACACUUCCCUAGAGCAGCUAGAAGCUAGCGAAGGGUUACGAAUAUUUUUGCGCGGCAAUUUGGAAGCAUCGGUUCCACAUAUUGUAAAGAAAUUCUACGGUGUGGAGAAAAAUUUAUUGCGUGCAAUAAUAUGUAAAAUCAGCUCUCAUCGCGAUUGCCACAUCGAUGGCUCGGAGACAAACAUUUCACUUGUCCGGUGCCUUUCGGGAAUGUAUUUUUUCGGGACCGGUUAUAGCCAGGAGUUGCUGCAGGAACGAGCCGAGCGUUGGUGCGAACGGAAGGAACAAGGCAUGCAGUACUGGCAAUCGGAAACGUGGCCUGGACUCUGUACAUUCAACGAUGGAGAACAGUUUCGUUGUUAUUACAGUGGAUGGGGUAUGGAAAGGGGAAACAAUUGGUACUGUCCGAUUGUGCGAGUACCGAAAAUGGCUUGCGAGUACGAAGAUACCCCGGCACGAAACAGUGACAUCUCACAGCGCAGCAAUGAAGAAAAUAAUAUUGGCGAUGUACUUUCAAAAAUAUCUUCCAGAGACUCUUUAGAAUGA